GAUCCCAAAACUUUAAAAACUCUAAAAAAAACUCACUACAAGCAUAUAACGCAGCCUCCACAAGACUCAUAUUUUUCCUUCUAAAAACUAAAAAUACCAAAAUACACAUAAUAUUUAAAGGGCAUAAAAAAUUUAAAAACUCCCUACUUACGAUAUUACUUACAACCACAUACAGAUAUGAAACAAUAAAAUUAUUAUCCCUAAACAACGAAAUAUCAUACCAAUAUAACGGUUGUAGGUUAAAAAAACAAAGAUUCCUAUAAUAAAUCUAUAAUAAUAAAAAUAACAUAAUAAAAAAAUGACUAUAAACCAAAUACUAAAAAAUAAAAGAAAAAAAAAACGCCUUAAAAAAAAAUCCGCACUACAAAACUGCCCCCAAAAAAGCGGACUAUGUAAAAAAUUCUUUGUAGUAACUCCCAGAAAACCUAAUUCUGCGUUACGAAAAAUAGCCAAAAUAAACCUAUCAACAGGUAAAACCAUACUGGCAUAUGUACCGGGAGAAAAAACAAUAAUACUAGAAAACAGCAAACUUCUAAUAAGGGGAGGUAACACAAAAGACUUACCGGGACUUAAAUAUAAAGUUGUUCUUGGAGCUUUAGACGCUAGAGGAUCUAAAAGACAAAAUAAAAGAUCAAAAUACGGAAUAAAAAAACCAAAACCAACUCUAAAAUAACUUACCUUAAAAAAAAUAACCUCUAAUGAAAAAAACCAACAACACAAAUAAAAGUUCCAUAAUCCACAUACUAUU